AUGGGCAAUGGACUGCUCAAAGCCCCGUGUCUGAAACUCGGUCGUGCACCUGACUCGGCCCAUGUCGCGCCCACGAGCCCUGCGACAAAGGACAUGGCACACAAUCGACCUGGUCCGAGAUGCAGUCAGCAUGGCAAGUUGAAGAGAUCUCGGAUAUUGGUCAUGGAGUACGAGACAACGACGAUGCCAGUUGGUGGGCAAAAGACGACUUCAUUUGGUGACAUGCAAGACAUGUGGCUUGGAUCCAAAGGAGACGCCGUUUCGUGGUACCCUACCGACAAGGCGCAACCUACAACUAGGAAGCGCUUCCCCGGCCUCAGGUGGCAUGGCAUCUAUUUGGGACAGGCCUCCUUGUCCAAGCAAGCUGAGAUUCUGUUUUAA